AUCUCACUGGAUAUCGCGAGAUAGAGGGUUGCCAGUUUGUAAAAAGCUCUGAAUACAAUAAACCGAACUUAUAAGACAAAACCUUUGACUAUAGUACUGAAUGUCGGAACAGAUUAAUUUACCAUUGGAAAAGGACAUAUUCAGCUUAACAGUGUGUACACAAAUGCAACUCCCAAAGCUUUCUUAUCAUCAUGCAAGCACAUGAUGGAUGUGCCAAAGAUUCAUGCAGUGCCUGGCAGGGUUUUGAUGGACGAGAAGGUUGAACUUCAAAUCGAAGGUCUGAAGCCUGGUGCUGCUGUCACAGCGAAGUCAUUCCUGGAGGAGAAGGGGAUGAAGUUUGGAGCUUAUGCAAAUUUUAUUGCCAACAGUAAUGGAGAAGUGAACACUGCCACAUCGCCAUCUCUUGGUGGAUCAUACACAGGGACAGAUGCAAUGGGAUUAUAUUGGAGUAUGGUACCAGAGCCUGGUCAACGAGAUGGAUUGAGACUGAUGAAGAAGAAUGUUACAACACCCUACAAUGUACAAAUAUCAUUGCUCAGUGGGCACAUUGACCCAUACUCUCCCAACAACAAUGUUCAGGUCCCAGUAGCUGAGACUAAUGUUGAAAGACUUUAUAUGGCUGAUAAUGUGGAAAGAAUACCAGUUAGAGAAGGAGCUUUACGCGGAAUGCUCUUUGUGCCAAAAGGCCCUGGUACUUUCCCAGGUGUGAUGGACCUGUUUGGAUCAGGAGGUGGCUUGAUAGAACACAGAGCUGCACUGCUGGCAUCAAGGGGAUUUGUUGUGUUAGCAUUGGCAUACUUUGCCUAUGAAGAUUUACCAGAUGAUUUUUUAGACGUGGACUUGGCAUAUUUCAAGGAAGGUGCAGAAUGGCUGAGUCACCAUCCAAGUGUGACUCCAGGUGGUAUUGGAGUGAUUGGAACAUCUAAAGGUGCACAAAUUGCUCUGCUCAUGGGAGUGCACUUUCCUCAGGUAUGUAUGUCACAGCCAAGAUUGAAAUCUAGGCAGAUUUUAAAUCUGCCUAGUCAGGAUUUUAAAUUGUCUAGCCCAGAUUGA